GUCUGGGGAGGUGGCGAGGGCCGAGACCGAGAAGAGGCAUCGGCCCACCGGCCGCUUGGCGGCCAGGCUGGGCGCAAGCCUCGACGGCAGCCGCCGCCCUCUACGAGGGCGGCCGGCAACCGCCGCCGCUCUCCACGAGACGCGCGCCCUGUGCCGCAAGUCGCCGCCGUUCUCCACGAGACGCCGCUGCGCGCUGCACGCGCCGCGCGCUACGCGCGCGCGCCCGCUUCCGACUACAAGCGGCUGGCGGCGCCUCCCCCCCCCAAACCGACGGGCGAGCCGCGGCUCCCAUUCGCUGUCCGGAGACGCCGGCGAGGGCUGGAGGGGUUGGGGAGGUGUUCGUGGCUCGCGCUGUCUCGGGGGCGCGGCCCCACGACAGCGCGGGAAGCGGAUGGCCGCUGCAGAGGCUCGCGAGCUCGUGCUCGGAGAGGGGAAGCAGAAGGAGGAGUAG